GUCCCGCCUCCCGUCCAGAGCGCCAAUUCUGAGGCGGCUGCUGUGUGUAUUGGCGGGAGCUGUCACCGGGAGAACACUAUGGCUGCCGUGUCCGAGCCUCAGGUACUUUUGGGUGUGAAAUCAAAUACCUCUGACACAAAGGCCUUGGACAGUGAUUCGGAUAGUGGUCAAGGCAGCUGUGAGGCGAGUUCUCCAAAUCGCCAACUGGAAAGAAUGGAUUUUAUUCAGAAUGAAGAUUCCGAUGAUGAAAUUUUGGUACAUAAGAAAACAAAGAGCAAGAAACUAUUUGAAGAGAGUGACAGCGAUCCUGAAGCAGAGACUAGCACCAUUACCGCUAGAGAUGAGCUUGACCCUGAAAGCGAAGAAGACAAAGCGAACAAAACUGUAGAGAAGGGGAAGCCUCGCAGAAUACUUACUGCAUUGGUUGACAGUGAUGAUACCGAUGAAGACAAUGCCAGAGAACUUGCUGCAGGUCCUGAUAAGUUGCUUAGUAUUGGGGGAAACUCUCAGGACAGUCCACAAAAAGAGUUUUUAGCUAGCAAGCAGAAGAGAAGCCAUAAAUCUAAAAAACAAACAGGAUUGGAAGAAAAACAGAAAGGAAAAUCAGAACGAAGAAGAGAGAAGGAAAAUAAGAAAUUAAAAGCCGUUGAAAAGCUUAAAGAGGGGAAACCAAAAAGUUCAAAGGUGCAGGUUGAAGAAGGACCAUUAAUGAAUGACAGUGGUUGCCUUUUAGCAGAUGGGGAUUUAUUUGAUAAGGAUGAUGAAAGUGAUAAUGAAGAGGAAGAGUCACUAGAAGCUAUUCGUGCUAGCUUAAAAAACAAAUUUAAGUCUGGUCAUUCUCGGUCAUUUGAGGAGGAAGAUGUAGUGCAUGAGGGGGAGUCUGAAGGUUUUAAUGAUCAGUUUGAGAAGAAAAAGGAGAGAAAAGCUGCACGUGCGAGCAAGGAAGCCAUAAAGCAAAUACACAGUGAAACCCAGAGACUCUUGAGAGAGUCAGCUGUGUCUAUGCCAUACCACUUACCGGAACCCAAAACUAUCCAUGACUUUUUCAAGCGUCGUUCAAGACCACUUUGCCAAGGGAAUGCCAUGCAACUUAUUAAGUCCUCAAAGUAUCAGCCUUGUAGCACAGAUGACAAGGUUGAGUCAAAUCCUACUGAGCCUGUUGAAAAUGGUUUUCCAGUUGCGCAAAUUGCACCACAACUAGAAGUUCCCCUCCAGGAUCCUCAAGUGUCAGAAGAAUCUGGUUUAGACAACCUAGUAGCCGAGCCUGAGAUAAAUACAGAAUUGCAUGUUAAAGAAAACAAAGCAAAUGAUAUCUGUAAUUUUGAUAAAACACCAGAGCAUGUAUGUAUGGGUGAUUCAAGCCAGGCAAUUUCUAAUUCAGAAAACAAGGACCCUGUUAAAGUAACAACUGAUGAUCUACAGAAUGUUCCUGCAGUAGAGGUUAAGAAUUCUACAUGUGAACAAAGUAAAGUUACAGAAAACGCCUGCACAAAUGAGCCGCCAGCUCAGGUUAAACCCAAAUUAUCAAAAGUGGAAAGACUACGUGCUCUUGGAAUUGAUCUAUCUGUUAAACCUCUCCUCAGGCCAGAUGAUGGAACAUUUGUGAAUUUAGAGGAGCCUAAGCCAAAUAAAGAACUUGAAGCACUGAAGGAGAGAUUCCUCAAGCAUAGCUUGCACAAGGUAAAAGCAGCAGCUGAAAAAAAGGUUAACCUUCAUAUCGUUCGCAAAGAGAGAACAGCGGAUGGUAAAGAAGAACUGAAAACUGAUGUUGUUCCAGUCACUAUAGAAGCGGAAAACCUGGAGGAAAAAAUGAAUGUUAAGCCAGGUGAAAAGCUGCAAGUGUUAAAAGCAAAAUUGCAGGAGGCCAUGAAGCUGCGUCGGGAUGAAGAACGUCAAAAGCGUCAGGCCCUGUUUAGGCUGGACAAUGAAGAUAUGGAUGGAGAGGAGGAAGAGGAAGAAGAAAUGACAGAUGAGUCAGAAGAGGAAUAUGAGGAUGGAAAUGAAGAAGAAAUGGAACAUGAAAAGGAGGGCAAUGUUGAGACCCAGGAGGAUCUCCUUGGAGAUGGUGGAAAUGAGGAAGAUGAGGCUAAAGAUGAAUUACAGAACAGUAGCCUACCAGACAGAAAUAUCCCUGUGGCUACAGAGUCCACCAUGAUGUUGUUCAAAGACAAUUCAACAAAGAUUGAUGACUUCAUUCCUGAUAAGAUUGAUCACAGUGGAUCAAAGGAAAAUUACAAGCUAGGAGAUGAAGAAGAUUUCCUUCUGCCUUUGACGAAAGACAACAGUCACAAUAGCAGCUUUGAGCUGAUUGGUUCUAUGCUUCCUUCUUAUCAGCCAUUUAGUAAGACUGGAAGAGGAUCCCUGCAGCCUUGUACCGGUGACUUCCGUUCCCCUUCUCCACUCAACUUUAAAGCAAAUUUUGUCAGCUCUGCAUCGAAGAGUUCUGGUAAGAUAUCUGAACCAUCUCUACCUGUGGAAGACUCUCAGGAUCUGUAUAAUGCUUCACCUGAGCCCAAAGGAUCUUACCUCGGUGCUGGUGGAGAUUCACAGUUUCAGUUCUCUUUGGAGGAUGACACACAAAGUCAGCUGCUGGAUGCUGAUGGCUUUCUAAAUGUUGGCCGCAACAGGAGCAAGUACAGCUCUGCCAAGCAAAGACUUGUGAUGGACAAUAUGGAUGAGAAUGCUAUGGAUGCAAAUAUGGGCGAACUGUUAGAUCUCUGCUCAGGAAAGUUUAAGGAAUCACAGUCUAACACCAGCCAGCCUGAUGCAAAUGGCUCCAAGAUGAGAGCUAUGGAUGAGUUGCUGGGACUCUGCUCUGGCAAAUUUGUCUCUCAAGAUGAUGGUUCAAAUCAAGAAUCUUUUGGUUGUACGAAGGCUAAUGCUGAAAAUGAGAAAAAUGACCUAAUGUCUGAGGCAGUUGCUCUCUGUUCUGGUUCUUUCACCAACAGAGAAAAUGAAGAAAACGAGGCAGAGCUUGAGGAUUUCCAUCUUCUACCAUGUGAUGAUUCUGACAGCGAAGAGCUUGCAGAAAUUGAAAGUGGUGCAGAAGAUGAAGAGGAGGGAGAGGAUAAUGAAGAAUGUGUGGAAGAUGACGAUGAUGAGGAGGAGGCAAUUCUUAGAAAGCAAAGCAAGAAGAGAAAGCUAAACCUGCAGGACUUCAUGGAAAAUGAAGCUGAACUUUCUGGAAGUGAUGUUGGAAGUGAGGAUGAGGAUGAAGGAGAUGAAGAUGAGUAUGAAGAAGAAGCCAUUGAUGAGGAGCUUCCUUCAGAUGAAGAGCUACAGGAUCAAAUCAACAAGAUUCAUAUGAAAGUCACCAUGGAUGAAGACAAACGCAGACUCCGGCUCUAUCAGGAGCGUUAUUUGGCUGAUGGAGACCUUCACAACGAUGGUCCUGGCAGGAUGAGGAGAUUCAGGUGGAAAAACCUUGAUGAUGCCUCCCAGUUUGACAUGUUUCGAAGAGAUUCUGAUCUGGAAGAUCAGGAAGGGGAAAAUGAAGAUCUGGAGGACACUGAUCUCAAAUGGAGAAAGGAGAGAUUUGAGCGAGAACAGUGGCUGCGUGAGCAGUCUAAAAGUGGCAGCCUUGACAAAAAGGAAGAGGAAGAAGAUAUUGGAACAGAUAGCCAGUUCAUGAAGCUGGCCAAAAAAGUUACUGAAAGAACUUUACAAAGAAAAGCAACUGUAGAAACAAAAGAGCCAAAUAACACUACCAGCAAAAAUCCAUUUGGUGUAAACCAGCCAUUCAGUCUCCCCAAGAUGAAGACAGGUUCUAUGUUAAACAUGCCUAAAGAAGUCCUUCAGAAAUUAGCUGCAAUGUCAACCCUAAAUCCUAAUGCACCCAGGAACUCGAGGAACUUUGUUUUCCAGACUGUUUCUCCACAAAAGCAAGAUAGAUCUACAGAGAAACCUAAAUCUAAGGUAAGAAAGAAUAUCGGUGCUGCUAUGCCUUCUCCCAAACGUUUCAAAUCGGACAGCUCCACUUCUGCCAACAGCAAGAGCCGCAGUAUUUUCCCUCUCUUGGAGAACUAGUCUUGGCACUUUACUUCUACCACCUUCAUAACUCAACUGAACCUAUGGAUUCACAGAUAAACAUUUCAGACCUUGCAACUCAAUGUUACCUGAAUGGUGGUUUAAUUUUUUGCAUUCAAACAAAUUGUAGAUUAAUCCUGUUUGUGUAUAUUUGUAAAGGUAUGUUUGUUUUUAUUGGUAUGCGUGUGUGUUUGUGUGUUAGGAGUGGCAUAAAGAACUAUUUAAUUUUAGGCUUUUUUCUUGUUUUGUUUGUUUUUUUAAAUUAUUUGCAAUGUGAUUCAAAAAGAAAUUAAAGUGCCAGAGCUGAACUACCAGUAUGGUUUUAAAUUGCUUAGAAUAAUUAGUUUUAGCCUCAUUUUAAACCUACUGACAACAUUUUGUAAAUAAAACAUUUAAGCAUGCUUAUGUCAUGCUACUGGUCAAUAAAAAAAAAAAUCCCUUUUAUUUAACUGAACGACAAUCGGGCAUUUGAUCUUUUGUCAUGCUUAAUGGGAAAUAUCCUGGCUGAAUUUUUUACGAUGAGAAGUACAUAUGAAAUAAUGUCUUCACAUUUAUUUUGACUGUCAUAUAUUGUGUGUAUGUUGUUUUUAUUUUUUUUGCUCUACUUUGAGUAGUGGCAACAGUAUGAGUAGUAGUUUUUGAAAAAUAAGCCUAAGCAGGCUGCAGCCUUUAUCACUAAUAUAUCUUUUCCAUUGUAUAUAGCCAGAAGGGUCUGCUCACUUGUACAAAUAUUCUCUCCUUAAAAUUGGUGUAUAACCGUAAUUUUCUUUGUAUAUUGAAUUUGUCCUGUGUGAAAUAUUGUGUUCCUGUUGUAAAGUAUUUUAUUGUAAAAUUGUAUGAAGGUACUUUAUAUGAAUAUUUUAUAAAUAAAGAUUUUUUUUAUUAA